GAUAGCGCUGUGAGCCUUUUACAAAAUGCAACUUAAAACAAAGAAGAAGACACAGCUGUAUGGGUCGGAAGUCGGUCUGUGUGCAUAAGGCUGACAUCUUCAAUAAUAUGACGAUCAAAAUAGAGCAUAAAGUUUUGCUUUAAGGUCCGUCCAGGUUGUCUGAUCUCGCUAAACUCCGAUUUUACAAAGCCGCCACUGUGACGACAACACUAACCGAGAGAGAACAUGCCAGCAGCAGAAGAGGAUUCACAUGGCACCAUCAAAGUUGUGGACAACAUUUGUAGGAUUUCUCCUGAUCUGUUAGCUGAAGCAUGUCAGCCCAUUCUGACUUAUCUUCAGGGGCAGACGAGAGGAGUUGAUUCAGCUGAAUUGUCUGAUACAUUUCAGAGAGCUGGAGUCAGACUUGACCAUGAAGCUCUGCAUAGUAUGAUCAGAUUUCUGCUGUUGACAUUCAGGUCAGCUGGGAAAAACAACCUCUCUGGGGAUGACCUUGUGUCCAGGCUUGAAGAAGGAAGUAACAACUGGUCCAAAGCUUCCCUUCAGGUGGUACACAGGUUGUGGAGUGCACAUGGCACAUUGGUACAUGCUCAGCAGGAGGUUCACGCCAUGCUCAGCAUUGGCCAGUUAGUGGACAUGCAGUGGAAGCUUGGUAUGGCAGUGAGCUCAGACACCUGCCGAUCACUCAACUCCCCAUAUGUGUGUCUUCUGCUGAAGAUCGUUGAGCCCUCGGGUCAUAUUUGUCAGAAGUCUUUUGAGAUGACCAUUCCACAAUUCCAGAAUUUACACAAGCAGUUCAAGGAGAUGGCAGCUGUUAUGGACACUGUAUGAGGGCUGGAAAGUGUGUGCUGCAAUUAUUUCCCAGUUUACAUGUAACCAAUGUUUGUCUGCUGGCUGCCACUAAAUGUGUUUACAAAUAAUGACAAAUGUCGGUUUGACCUUACGUUUUUAUAUAUAUAUAUUGGAAAAUCUCACAAAUAAUAAGUUAUUCUUCAGACUCCUACUCCUGAAUGGCUGUUGUCACUUUAAAUGCCAACAGUGUAACUGAAAACGUCUUGUUAACUAAUCCAGGUAUCAGAAAAGUAAUGCAUACUUGCACUGCUAAUACUACAAAACAAUGUCAAACCUAUCUGUGCUCCAUUUAGUCAAUGCUUAAAUAAUGCCCCAACACUGAUAAAGUCUGUCUUUGUACUUUUUAAGCAUUAUUAUAAUAAUUACAUCAUAAUGUUACUGGUUUGUGGUGCUUUGUUUUGACACUAGCCCAAUAUAUGUUGUAUGCUAUAGUUUGAAAUCAUGUGUAAAGUUUCAUAUCUGCUUUGCAGCUGAGUUAUUAGUUUGAAAGGCUUGUGAAGUAAAAUGAACUUUAAAAAAUAAAAAUAACAUUAAUGUCUACA